UCCUAUCUGAUCUGCUCUAAAUAUAUAUCUGGAAGAAUAGAAUUUGUACCUCUCAAUAUCACUUGCAUAAUUGCAUUUCCAAUGUCUUCACUGUGAGAGAGAGAGAGAGAGAGAGAGAGAGAGCUGAGAGCAAUGACGAUAGUGUUGGACAAAGUGAUAGAAGAAUUGAUAACACAGAAGGUAAUAGCCCUGGUCCAAACUGUAGAAGACAAUGUGAAGCUGGUUCGUGGCAUAGAUUCUGAGAUAAAGGAUCUAUCCUCCGACAUCGAAACAUUUAACGCCAGACUUGUGGAAGCCUCCAAGAAUCCAAGGGCCAAUGACCACCAAGUUUUGAGAGUAGUAGUGAAAAAAUUCACAACUCUUGUGAAUGAAGCACAGGAUACGAUUGCAAACUAUUUUGCACUGAAGAAGAAGCAUGGAGACGAUGUCUUGUCAAAAUCUUUUGAUAAGAUCCCAUUUUGUGGAAAGAUAAAUGUUUAUGCGAAUGAGAUCCAGUCCAUCAGGGCUAAUCUGGAUAAGAUCAACAAAGUCCACGAAAACGAACUUCUAUACCUCAUGAAGUACAAAAUGAAAGACCGAAACAAGGCUGAGACAACUUUGCAGGUUCGACCACCAAUAGAGAAAAAUAAAGUAUUGGGCUUUGAAGAGGAUUUUCAAAUUAUAAAGAAGCAUUUCUUAGAGGCAUCCAAAAAUUUCAUUGUCAUUCCAAUUGUUGGAAUGGCUGGUACUGGAAAAACUACAUUUGCCUCAAUGAUUUUUGAAGACCCAGAAAUUCACCGCAAUUCCCUUCGCAUUUGGGUUCAUGUUACAAAACUCUAUGAUAGAAAACAAAAAUUCAUCAGCAUCAUAUAUCGAAUUACCAAGGAUACAUGGGACUUUAGCACUAUGACUGAAGAGAUGUUGGAAGGUAAGAUAAAGAUCCUUUUAAAGGAUCAGACAUACUUCAUUGUAUUGGAUGAUGUAUGGGAGAAAAAAGAUUGGCAAUAUUUAAAGGAUGCAUUCCCUGAAAACUUAAAUGGAAGUAAAGUAUUGGUGACCAGCCGAUAUGGAAAUGUGGUUGAUUCUAAAUGGAAUUCUCAUCAUUUAGGAAAGUUAACUAAUGAGGAUGGUUGGUCGGUAAUAAAAAAUAAUGUAUUUAGUGCAGAGGAAUGCAGUGACAAGUUAUUAGAAAAGCUUGGGAAAAAAAUAGCAAGAAAAUGUAACGGAUUACCACUUGCUCUAGUAGUGGUAGCUGGUAUCCUACGCAGAUGUGUAACUUCUGAUGAUUGGCGAAGAGUGGCUGAGAAUCCACUUCUGGAAAUUAAUCGAGAUGAUCAAAACUAUCACGAACUAGUAAAGUUGAGCUACGAUGAUUUGCCUCAUGAGAAGUUGAAAAAUUGCUUCCUUUAUUUUGCAUAUUUUCCCAUGGGACAUGAGAUUGCUACUUGGAAGUUGAUUCGUUUGUGGAUUGCUGAAGAAUUCAUUCCAACAAUAGAUGAGUGGGGAUACUCAAUAGAGGCAGAAAUUGAAGCUAAAAAAUAUUUGAAUGAUCUUAUUGAUGCAAAUCUUGUGAUGGUGAUAAAAAGAAGAGCAGAUGGUCAAACCAAAACAUGCAGGAUCCAUGACACAUUGUACGAGUUCUGCAAAAGUGAAGCUGCAAGAAAAAAUUUAUUCCUUCUAAUGGAGGAGGGGCAAAGAUUAGACGAGAAUACUUCUUCAACUCGUCGUCUGUGUUUUCACUCCUUUACUACACAUAUAUUUGAUGCAGAAAAUAAAUCAUCUCGCUUGUUCCUCAAUUGCUACAACAAAAGGAGUUUAUCCCCAUUUGGCAAACAUAUACAUUCUUUGUUGCUGUCUUCCCCACAAAAGAGUGAGACUCCUUUUAAACAAGAUCAAUUAGCGGCCAUCCCAAACAUGUUUCCACUUCUUAGGGUGUUGAAUAUUGAAAACAUUAAGUUCAAUGACUUGCUGGAUAAGGACUUGGCGAAUGAGCUUUAUAGCUUGUAUCUACUCAAGUAUCUUGCUAUCUCAGGCAAUCUCAAUGUCCUCCCAAAAUCAUUCAGAAGUCUUCGUGAAUUGGAGACUUUAGUGAUCAAAACCACAGCAAGAACACUACAAAUUGAAGGAGGCAUAUGGAACAUGGAAAAGUUAAGGCAUGUACGCACCAACACUUCUGCACAAUUACCCUUUCCUCCACAAACAAAUUGCAAAACUUACUCUGGAGGAAAAGACAUCCACACACUUUCUACAAUAUCACCGGCAAGCUGCAGAGAAGAGAUCUUUAACAAGACCCCCAAUCUUCGAAAAUUGGGUGUUCGUGGAAAUUUAAUAGAACUUUUUGAGGAAAAGGAGAAUAUUUGCUUGUUCAACAAUCUUCAAAAGCUAAAGUGCCUCGUAAACUUGAAACUAUAUGGCCAGUACGACAAAGUGUUAACUGUCCCAAUGCUAGACAAGUUUGCAAGUAGGCUAAAAAAGUUGAGCUUCUCCGGCACAUUGUUUGAGUGGAAAGACAUGGCAGUAUUGGGGUCGUUGGAGGAGCUUGAGGUGCUGAAGUUGGGUGACUAUGCAUUCAAGGGCGAGACUUGGGAACUAAGCAAUGAUGUUGUUUUCAUAAGGCUUCAAUAUUUGCGCAUUGGAAGGACGAAUCUAGUUACUUGGAAGGCCACAGAGGAUAGCUUCCCAGCAUUACAAAAUUUAAUCCUCAGAAAUUGCAACGUCAUAAAAAGAAUUCCAGAAGUGUUUGCUAAGGUACAUACCCUUAAGGUGAUGGAAUUAUUUCACGUUAGUGAAAGUGCAACUCGGUCCAUAAAAGAGGUACAAGAAAACGUAAAAAACGGUGGAUUCAAGCUCAUUAUCAUAACCUCUCAAAAGAGAGAGGGAGCAAUGACGGCAGCCAGGGACACACUGAUAGAGCAAGCAGUAAGCGAGGCGGUAAAUCAUCUGGUUAAAUAUGUAGAACAACGCUUGCGCUUUGAGAAUGGUGGCCUAGACUGGGAAAUAAAAAAUUUGAUCUCCGACAUCGAAACUUUUAAUGCUAGGCUCGAAGAAGCUUACAAGAACCCAAAUGAAUCUGUCAAUGUUUUGAUUGUGAAGAACUUCCAAACUAUUGUGAAUGAAGCCUGUGAUGCGGUUGACAACCAGCGGACUAUGUAUUUUGACCAUAAAGACAAAACCUUCAUCAGAAAAUUUUUGGUACCACACUAUAGAAGAGAGGUCAAAUCCUGUGAGACUGAGAUCCAGUCUGUUAGGACAAAGGUGAACACGAUUGACAAUGAACACAAAGAGGAACUUGAAACCCUCACCAACUAUGAUAAGCCUCCACUAAUUUUUCAGAUAGAGAAAUCGACAGUGUAUGACGGAGUGAUAGAGGCUAUAGAGAAGGUGGUAAACAUGCUACACCAAAAAAUAGAAGGCAAUGUCAACAUAGUGUCUGAGAUAAAGGACAUGACCUCGCAGAUCAAAACGUUUACGGAUAAUUUGGUGAAAGCUUGCAAGAACCCAAAGGCCAAUGAACACCGUGUUUUGAAAGUAAUAGUAAAAAAAUUCCAAAUACUUGUGAAUGAAACCAUGAAUACAGUUACCAAAUACUUUGCACAGGAGAAGAAGAAUGGAAAGAAUGCCUUGGCAAAAUCUUUGGAUAAGAUUGCACAUUGUGGAAAGCCCAAUGCCUAUGCAAGUGAGAUCCAGUCCAUUAAGAAAAAAGUGAACAAGAUUAGCGAAGACCACACUAAAGACCUUCUACACAUCUUGGAGGAGUACAACAAGAGGGAGGGACCAAUUACGGCAGCCAGGGACACACUGAUAGAGCAAGCAGUAAGCGAGGCGGUAAAUAAUCUGGUUGGAACAACAGAAUUCUGCGGCUUUCUUGAGAAUAGUAGCCUAGAGUGGUUAAUAAAAAAAAUGACCUUCGACAUCAAAACGUUUAAUGCUAGGCUCGAGGAAGCUUACAAGAACCCAACUGAAUCUGUCAAUAUUUUGAUUGUGAAGAACUUUCAAACUAUUGUGAAUGAAGCCCAGGAUGCGGUUGAGAACUGUUGGCGAAAGAAUUUGGACCAUGAAGACAAAACCUUCAUCAAAAAUUUUUUGGUACCACGCUAUAGAAGAGAGGUGAAAUCCUGUGAGAGUGAGAUCCAGUCUGUUAGGACAAAGGUGAACAUGAUUGACCGUGAACACAAAAAGGAACUUGAAACCCUCUGCAACUAUGAAAACAAUGCUCCGCUAAUUUUCCAGAAAUCGACAGUGUAUGACAGAGCAAUAGAGGGUAUAGAGCAGAAGGUAAACAUGCUACACCAAAAAGUAGAAGAAAAUGUCAAUGGGGUUUGUGACAUAGUGUCUGAGAUAAAGGACAUGACCUCCCUGAUCAAAAUGUUUACGGAGGAUUUGGUGAAAGCUUGCAAGAACCCAAAGGCCAAUGAACACCGUGUUUUGAAAGUAAUAGUAAACAAAUUCGGAAUACUAGUGAUUGAAACCUUGAAUGCAGUUACCAACUACUUUGCACAGGAGAAGAAGUAUAGAAAUAAUGUCUUGGCAAAAUCUUUGGAUAAGAUUGCACAUUGUGGAAAGCCCAAUGCCUAUGCGAGUGAGAUCCAGUCCAUUAAGGAAAAAGUGAAAAGGAUUAGCAAAGACCACACUAUAGACCUUCUACACCUCUCGGAGGACUACAACAAACUUAGAGACAUGCCAGUUCCCAAGGUUCGCGCAGAAUUACGUGAAAACAAGAUGGUUGGCUUUGAUAAUGAUGAUUUGAAAACCAUAAAAACUCGAUUAAUGGAAGCAUCCGAAGAUUUUUUUGUCAUCCCAAUUGUGGGGAAUGCUGGGACAGGAAAAACUACAUUUGCCUUAAAGGUUUUUGAAGACCUGGAAAUUCGGGAAUAUUUCACCCAUUGUGUUUGGCUUCCUGUUUCACGAGGCUUUCAAAGAAAGCAAAAAUUCAUUGACAUUCUUCAUCAAAUUUCCAACCAAACAGAAGACUUUAGCACGGUGUUAGAAGAUGUGUUAGAAGCUAAAAUAAAGGAAAUAUUAGAGGAUAAAAGAUACUUGAUUGUAUUGGAUGAUGUGUGGGAAAAAGAAGCCUGGGAUUCUUUAAAAGUUGCAUUCCCUACAAAUAUGAAAGGGAGUAGAGUCCUCGUGACCACCUUGAGCGGCAAUGCAGUUGAUUCUACCUGGAAAUCUCAUAGUUUAGUAAAGUUGAGCAAUGAUGAUGGUUGGUUGCUAAUAAAAAAUAUUGUUUUUGGUACAAAGGGAUGGUGUGACACAAAAAUUGAAGAGCUUGGGAUAAAAAUAGCAGAAAAGUGCAAUGGAUUACCACAUGCUCUAGUACUAGUAGCUGGUAUCCUACGCCACCGUAUAACUUCUGCUGGUUGGCAACGAGUGGCUGAUAAUCCGCUUCUUGAAAUUAAGGGAGAAGACCAAAGGUACCAUGAGCUAAUAAAGUUGAGCUACUAUGAUUUGCCUGAUGAGAGGUUGAAAAGAUGCUUCUUAUAUUUCGCAUGUUUUCCAAUGGGACAUGAGAUUGUUGCUUGGAAGUUAAUUUGUUUGUGGAUUGCUGAAUAUUUCAUUCCAACUAAAGAUGAUUGGGGCCCUUUGGAUAAAGAAGUUGAAGCUUCAAACUAUUUGAAUGUUCUUAUUAAUAGAAAUCUUGUGAUAGUAAAGAAAAGAAGUGCAGAUGGUCAAAUCAAAACAUGUUGCAUUCACGACACAUUACAUGAGUUCUGCAGAAGGGAAGCUGAAAGGAUAAAUUUGUUCCAUGUAAUGGAUGAGGGGCAAAGAUUAAAUGCAAGAAUUCGUUUGGAACGUCUUUGUUCCUACUACACUAUGAACAUAGUUGAUGAAGAAAACAAUAAUCCAUCUGAUUCAUUCUCCAAUCUCUUCAACAAAAGGAUGGGUCCACAUCAAGAUGGUGAGUUUCUUCAUUCUUUGUUGUUGUCCUCCUCACAAAAGACUGAGAUUCAUUCGACGCCAGAGCAGUUGGAAACCAUCCUAAAAACCUUUAAAUAUCUUAAGGUGUUGAGUAUUGAAUCCCUCAAAUUUAGCUCGCUUCCAAAUUAUUUCCCACUCUACUUUAUGAGGUAUCUUGCAAUCAUAGGUGAUAUCAGUUCCCUCCCCAUGUCAUUGGAACAUCUUUCACGUUUGGAGACUCUAGUGAUAAAAACCACAGAAAGGGCACUACAAAUUAAUGGAGGCAUAUGGAACAUGGAAGAACUAAGGCAUGUGCACACCAACACCUCUACGCAACUACCCUAUCCUCCCAAAACAGGCAAGCAUGGCUGUAAACAAAUAGAUAUCCGCACACUUUCUACCAUAUCACCAGGAAGUUGCACAAAUGAGAUCUUCAACAUGACCCCCAAACUCCAAAAGUUAAGUGUUCGCGGGGAUUUAUCAGAAUUACUUGAGGAAAAGCAAAAUGUUUGCUUGUUCAACAAUCUUCAAAUGCUAGAAUGCCUCGAAAACUUGAAGCUUCAUGGCAACUCUGAGAAAGUAAAGUUGAAGGUCCCAAUGUCUGAUAAGUUUCCAAGAAGACUAAGAAAGUUGACCUUGUCUGCUACAUUGUUUCAAUGGAAUGACAUGAGUGUAUUGGGAUUGCUGGAUAGGCUCAAAGUGCUCAAAUUGGAUGACAAUGCGUUCUCGGGGGAAGAUUGGGAUCUAAGCAGUGAUGUUAUUUUCAAAGGACUUCAGUAUUUGCGCAUUGGAAAGACCAACCUCAAAACGUGGACAGUUGUGGAGCCAGAGAAAAGUUUUCCAGUUCUAGAAACUCUAGUUCUCAAGAAUUGUAUUUCCCUACAAAAUAUUCCACAGGGUUUUGCUAAUGUGGACAGCCUUGAAUUGAUAGAACUGUUUGACGUGAGUAAAAAGGUGGCUGAUUUUGCAAGAGAGAUUUGUGAGAAAAGGCAUGGGAAAACAAAUGUCAAAAUCAAUGGAUUCAUCACUCCUCUCCCGUCACAAGCAACGGUGCAUAACCUAGCAUAUGAGUAUGAAUAUGUCAACACCAGUGGAUUCGACUACCCUAACACCUCUAUUUCAUCACAAGAAAUUGUACAUAACCUAGCAUAUGAUGGGAAUGAAAAUGUCAACAACACAAGUCGAUUCGACCAAUCCAGCACCUCUACUUCAUCACAAGAAAUGCAAUCAAAUGGGGAGAAAAAUGUCAACAUCAGUGGAUUCGAUCAUCCCAGCACCUCUACUUCAUCACAAGGAAUCGUACAUAAGCAAUCAAUUGGAGAGGAAAAUGUCAACACCAGUGGAUUUAACCACCCCAGCACCUCUACACUGUCACCAGAAAUAGUAAAUAACCAAGCUACCCAAGCAUAUGGGGAUGAACAUGUCAACACCCGUGGAUUCAACCAACCCAGCACCUCUACUUCAUCACAAGAAAUUGUACAUAAGCAAUCAAAUGGGGAGAAAAAUAUCAACAUCAGUGGAUUCGAUCAUCCCAGCACCUCUACUUCAUCACAAAGAAUCGUAAAUAAUCAAGUGGAUGACAAUGUUGCUAGUUAUGAGGAUGAAAAUGUCAAUACCAGUGGAUUCGACCAACCCAGCACCUCUACUUCAUCACAAGAAAUCGUACAUAACCAAGCAUAUGAGAGUUCGAAUGAAAAUGUCAACACCAAUGGAUUCGAUCAUCCCGGCACCUCUAUUCCGUCACAAGAAAUAGCGCAUAAGCAAUCACAUGGGGUGGAAAAUGUCAGCACCAGUGAAUUCGACAAUCCUAGCACCUCUACUCUGUCACAAGAAAUAGUUUCUGAUGAUUAACUGCUCGGUCAGCGAUGUGAAUUGCUUUCUUGAAACAAAAGGAUUAAAAGUUGAUAUGUCUGUUUU